AGUGUUACGUGCAAACGGAUACAGUGUUACGAUCAAAUUAUUGUAAUUUGAGUGAAGUUUUAAUUUUGUAAUUUUGAAAAUAAUGGUUGUGCUUGAAGGUGGUGGUAUGUUGUCCACAAACGGAAAUCAAUAUUUGCAACCGGAUUAUUUAACACCUCUUCCAACAACGUUGGAUGCCAAAAAGAGUCCAUUAGCGUUGUUGGCGCAAACUUGCAGUCAGAUCGGAGCUGACACAUCUCCGAGUGCUAAAUCACUCCUGUCAUCUGCAAGUGAUAAAAAUUCAUCUUCAUCAAAUAGCAAGAAAUCAGAGACUAGAUCUUCGCCAACGAGCAAAACAUCAACACCUAUCAAUGACAAAUCGCGCACUAGUCCGUCUAUUCCACAAACUGAAAGUAAACCGCUAGCAUUUAAACCAUAUGAAACGAAUGUGUUGACAAAAAAAUCUGACGAAACCCGUCCACCGUCAUCGUCAUCCAAAACCAAUGGAUCGCCUGAACAAGAAGAUAAACGUACGCCGUCCAGGAAAUCGUCUGAUGAUGGUUUGAGAUCAUCACCUGAUCGUAAAACUCCUGGAUCAAGCCCUGUAAUUAGGUCCGGAUUAGAAGUUUUGCAAGGCCAUAAAGACUCAUCGCUUUACAAGCCUUUGUCUGGUUUAUGUUGUCCACCCGGUUUGGAUGCUAAUCCUGCAUUCAGGCCUCCUUUCUUGGGCCCAUAUCCGACCACCACGCAACCUCAACCUUACUUGAGUUACGCGCGAGUUAAAACAGCAGCCGGCGGUGAAGCUUUAGUUCCAGUGUGUAAAGAUCCUUACUGCACAGGAUGCCAAUAUAGUCAACAUAAUCCUUUAUUGGCUGGUGCUGCUCAACACAAUCCUUUACUUGCUGGUUCAGGACAACCUGCGGCAUGCCCGGCGGGUUGCGCACAGUGCGAACACCAAAAACAAUACGGUCUAGCAGUUGCCAUGUCUAUACAAAAUGCAGCAGUCGCUGCAUCAUACGCUCAACUUACGAAACCAUACGUCUGCAAUUGGGUUGCCGGAGACGCUACAUCAUAUUGUGGUAAAAGGUUUGGCAAUUCUGAAGAACUUCUGCAACAUUUAAGGACACAUACGGGAGCGACACCAAGUGACGUUGCGAGCUAUGCAUCUGCUUUGCAUAGAGCUGGAUAUCCAACACCCGGACCUCUGAGUCCUUUAUCUGCUGCCAGGUACCACCCAUACGCCAAGCCGCCAGGUUUGUUGCCUGGGGCGCCUUUGGCGAGUCCGUACGGCGCCUUCGGUCCGGCCGCGGCACUUGGCGCCUAUUACAAUCCCUACGCUUUGUACGCGGGUGCCCAAAGGCUAGGCGCCGCCGCACACCAAUGAUAAGUUUUGUGAUAGCAGUGAUUAAGAAUUAAACACGUCCAAAUCGAAUGUAUUUAAGAAAAACAGUGCAAUUAUUUUUGAAU